AGCCAGAACCUUUAUUGAAAAAGAAAAUGGAAUGCCAAAACCCAAAAACCCAUCCACGUUUUCCGAGUCCAGACUUUUUCAAACCAUUCCGAAGAUUCAAAGAACCUUCUAAUCUGGGUGUUUAGCUCAGAUCUAUAAUUGUCGCCGGCAACUUGUGAGUGAAAUUAUUCUGGGACCGCAGCUGAUUAGUUUAAUUACGGUGGGUUUCGGGGUAGGUGCCGGUAUGAAUUCGGCGUCGGCGAGCUGCGAGGUGAGUCGCCGUGAUCUGGGUACGACGGCAGUGGAGCUGCAAGAUGAGUCGCUGUGGGUUUGAUAAUUUGUCUUAACCCGAAUAAGUAAACGCCGUCUACCGCCUUCUUGUCGAGGUUUGAAUACACUUCACUGUUGCUAGACGAAGCACUCCAUGGCCGAUGGUAUAUCAGAAACUGAAACGGGGUUAGAGGACAGCGAAACAACAAAAGCACAAUUGGCUGAAUUCUCAACCAAGUUUGAAGCUGCUUUUAGUGCUUCUGUGGACAAACUCCAAAGCUCUGUGAUAUGUCGGUUGACGAAGAACAAGGAACAGCGAAGAGAGUGCAUAUUAGGACCACAUUACAGCUUGGGUAUGCCGCCGGCCAUCAACGAGGUUCUAGAAAACUCAUUGGUGGACACAUCUUGCUUGACCGGCGGAGCUAGCUGGUCUAAUUGGAACACAAAUUCCAAGCAGCCAGGGAGUUGGCCGAAAUCGACACCCGAGUGGAAGAAAUGGGUACCACUGAUGGAGCAUUUUUUCGGCCGCUCAUGGAAAAAAUUUGGUAUUUAUGAUAGCAUCAAAAUGUCUGAGCAAGAAAUCUACAUGGAUCGGCCUCUUCUUGCCGCUGCCUUGUGUUUUUGGUCAUCCACUCCUAACACCAUGAACCUGCCACUUGGGCCAAUGAGCCCAACCUUGCUAGAUAUGGCCGCAAUAUUUGGUUUUCGGCCGAAUGGAGAGGAGAUAUGUGCCUUAGCUGAUCUUCCUUCCUCUUUUCAUGCCAGCCUGAAACCCAAAGUGAACAAGGACGACAAGAAAGCCAAACAAAAAGCUGAUGCCAAAGCGAGGAAGUUGCUUAACUAUAGCACUUUCUACGCCGAACAUGCAAUUGUCGAGGAUGUGUCCACGGUUGAGAGGCACGAACUAACGCAACAUGAGCACGCCGCUUUCCUCCUCUAUUGGUUAUGCAAAUACGUGUUUUGCACGAAGUCAAACAAGUGCUUGUUCGAGUUUGCUGGUAUUGCGGAGGCCCUUAGCUUGGGUAAACCUUUAGCCCUUGGUCCGUUUGUCCUUGCCUAUCUUUACCAUACUUUGCGUAAUGUAGUGACCAACAAUAUGACACUGGAUGUUGGAGGGCCAUUAUGGAUGUUCCAGGUAUGGGUGCAAACUUACUUUCGUCAGCUUCGACCAAGUCAUCCUUUUGAUUCCACUGUGAUUCUCGGCCGCCAGAUCAUCUCUCUUGGUCCUCAUGCACAUUCGGUAGCAGAAUGCUUUGCUGUCUUCCUUUCGAAAAAGAGCAUGACCAAGGAAGAGUUUUCCAUAUGUUAUAGCCGAGACUAUCCUUCUUGUCUUGCAUUAAACAUAACGAAACCAUGGGAAAGGUCGUUGGACUUGUCAGUACUUCUACCUUGGGGGAGAAUUCUGAUUUCUCGAGACAUAAACUAUGGUCUCAAGGGAACACUGGGUCGGCCAGGGGUUGAGGUUUAUCUUCCAAACUUUGUUGCGCGUCAGCUUGGCUUCAUACAAAGUUGUCCAGCCUUCUUUCUAAUGUCCCAGAAUCGUUUUUCUUCAUGGAGAGGUGGGUUUACAGACACUGCGCAUUGUUUGGCCGUCACUCUUUAUUAUCAGACUCAGUUUGGCGAUUUUGAGAGAUCCGGCCUGAGCGCCCGCGAACCUGAUCAUAGAGCAACUCCGACUUUCCAAGCUUGGUGGUCGACGUUUAUCAAGAAGAAAUUUGGAGAAGACUUUCGGACAACCAAGCGUAUUGCCUUGUAUGGAUUCCUGGGCUUGUUCACCAACAAGGGCAAUGGCAAGAAGAAGGCACCGGUUGCCAAGUUGAAAUCCAAAGAAAUGUCCAAGGAAGAGAAAACCUCAAAGAAACGAGGAUCAAAGUCGGGAAGAGCUCUGCCUACCAAGAAGGUAAAGAAGUCACCUGAUGUGGUGGAGAGUUCGGUCACGAAUCCGGCUGACAUUAUGGUUAGUGAAGACAUAAUUUUCGAGGGUGAUAUGGAUAACAGCCAAAAUGCCCUAGCUGAAAAUCACAUCACGUCUGGAGCUGAGGAUGCGGCCGAAACUAGUGAUGCCUCAAACAACAACACGGGCUCGGCCGAUAGCGAAGGUUCGCCUGAUGAAGCACAGUCAGAAAACUUUGAGCAUGAGAGAGAUGGCCGCAUUGAUCACUCUUCGCAUCCUCCUGAAAGCCCCAUGGUUGAAAUUGACAUGGAUGACUUGGGUGAGAACCAGCUUCCUAAUAUCGACCAACCACUCGCAAACUCAGCUAACCUUGCUAAGGAUGCGGAAGACAUUGGUGUACUUGAUCGAGAGGCAUUGCCUAAUCACCAAACACUUGUCCCGGUAUGA